GGAGACUGUAACCCAGGAGGAAGAACAGCCUGACUUGAGACCCUCUCAAGGUCUGCUGCUGUUUGUCAAACUCUCCCAGGUAGAGUCUCGGGCCCAAGGAGGCACUGAACUGGGAGAAGCCACCAAGGACUGGACCCUCCUCCUACCCAAACCCCUUGCUGUCCUUCCCAGUUCAUGGUACCAGUGUUUCAAGAACAGCUUGCUCUGUCCUCAGAAAACCUCACAGAGUAGCACACUGACAGCAGGUCCCAGAAGUUGUGGGACAUUCCCCAGGCUCCAAUCCCGGAGAUGUUUAUUCUCUGGGUGGAGUGUGAAAAAGCAAAGAAAGAUGUUGCAAUCCACUCUGUCCACGUCAGACACGUCAUCUGAAAAGGAGAAGGGCAGGGCCAGAGGAGGGACAGCCUGACGCAGCCAGCCCUGACUCAACCUGCCAGCCCCCUUACCUGCCAGCCUUGAAGAAAUGGAACAGCCCAGUCUCCUCCAAGGCCUGCCCCCACUCCUCAACUUCCCUUGAUAGUGAACCAGAAACUGAAACUAAAACAGGCUCGAGUUAGAGAUGAGUCAUUUCCCAAAGUGACUGAAGUAGCCGAGAAGUGACAACAGAGAGGCAGAAGAAGCCAGGGCACUGAGACAGGUGAGAGCAGGACUUUCUGAGGGUCGCCAAGGAGCAUGGCAGGCAGCCCAGAGGUGGUAGCCAUGGACUGUGAGAUGGUGGGGCUUGGGCCUCAAAGGGUAAGUGGCCUCGCCCGCUGCAGCAUCGUCAACUUCCAUGGCGCAGUCCUGUAUGACAAGUACAUUCAGCCUGAGGGAGAGAUCACGGAUUAUAGAACCCAAGUCAGUGGGAUCACGCCUCAGCACAUGGUGAGGGCCACACCAUUUGGUGAAGCCAGGCUAGAGAUCCUGCAGCUUCUGACAGGCAAGCUGGUGGUGGGCCAUGACCUGAAGCACGACUUCAAUGCCCUGAAGGAAGAUAUGAGCAAAUAUACCAUCUAUGACACGUCCACAGACAUGCUGCUAUGGCAGGAAGCCAAACUGCAGUACUACAACCGCGUGUCCCUGAGGCUGCUGUGUAAGCGCCUACUACACAGGAGCAUCCAGAACAACUGGCGGGGCCACUGCUCUGUGGAAGAUGCCAGGGCCACGAUGGAGCUCUACAAAAUCUCUCAGCGACUCAGAGCCCAGGGAGGGCUGUCCCGCCUGGGGACAUCAGACUGAACUUCAUCUUCAUCCAGGAUCAGAAGCUUCCACUCCUGAAGGACCAUAGUUUUCCAUGAGUGAGACCUGUUUCUAACAACAACAACAAGCACCACCAGCAGCUGCACAAAAUGUAAAACCAAGAACACUCCCACUACAGCAAUUCUCUGGGGGAAAAAAACCCAGCCCCCAACAACAACAAAAAACUUUAGUAAUAAAUGGCUUUGAUUUUUGACUUUGUCUAACCAA